AAAACAUGAUUGGGACCUCUUCUAGUUAAAAGAGAAUAGCAAAAGGUAUCUUUACUUUAUUAUCAUAGAAAGUUUUCUACCGUUGUACCCAAUAAUACGUGUUUCCUUUGGAUUCUCUGCUUCAUUCACACCCCUCUUCUUCACCCCCAUAAUCCUCACUCUUCUCUCCAUGUUUCCAGCUUUCUUCAAAUUUUUUUACUAUUUUCUAAGCUAAAAAAAUAGCUAAAAAUCAAAUCUUUGUGCAAUUUGAUCUUCAUUGUGUAAUGGGGUUUUGCUAAAAUCUAGCAAUGAAGUCAAUUCUUGAAGAAAUUUCCUUCUGUAAAAGUCAUCAUGUUGUAGUGUUGUUCUCUCCUUAAUCCUCUCUACUUUUUUGCAUAUUCACUGUUUCUAAGCCCAAAAAUAUGCCUACCCUUUUUGUAUCUUCACCAAAUUCUUGUGAUUUGGUGUGAAAAAUCUUACCUUUUGUACAAUUUGAUCUUCAUUCUCUGAUGGGUUUUGCUAGAAUCUAGCAAUGACAUCAAAUCUUGAAAAAAAAAUCAGGGACUUGCUUGUAUGGUUCAUCUUAUUGUUCUGUUUCUGUACUAUUAGUUCAACAUUUGGUAAAACUGAUUUCGAUUUUGAAAAUUUAACAUUGAGUAGUUUAAAGCUUCUUGGUGAUGCACACUUGAGUAACAACAUUGUAAAGUUGACAGGUGAUCUCGCUGUACCAAAUUCCGGUGCCGGAAAAGUUCUGUAUUCAAAACCAGUAAGAUUCCGGCAACCGGGGUUUGAUUUUCCGGCGAGUUUCUCGACAUUCUUUACAUUUUCAGUUACUAAUUUGAACCCAUCGUCGAUUGGUGGUGGUCUUGCUUUUGUGCUUACGCCGGGUGAUGAGUUAGUAGGUGAUGCUGGUGGGUAUAUGGGAAUCUUGGAUGCUAAAGGUACACAAAUUGGUACAAUUGCUGUGGAAUUUGACACCCUUAUGGAUGUUGAAUUCAAAGAUAUUAAUGGAAAUCAUGUUGGUUUGGAUCUAAAUUCAAUGAUUUCAACUGAAAUUGGUAAUUUGGAUUCCAUUGAUAUUGAUCUCAAGAGUGGUGAUUUGAUUAAUUGUUGGAUUGAAUAUUCUGGUUCUAAUGGAGAGAUGGAUAUAUUUGUGUCAUAUACUAAUCUCAAGCCAAAAGAAUCAUUUUUAUCAGUUAACAUCAAUCUUGCUGAGUAUGUAAAUGAUUUCAUGUUUGUGGGGUUUUCUGGUUCAACUCAAGGGAGUACUGAGAUUCAUAAUAUUGUGUGGUGGAGUUUCAGUUCAUCAUUUGAUGCAACUCCAAACUCGGGGGCGGUGGUGGCACCACCACCGCCAACGACUAGUUUGAUGAACCCAACGGCAGAUUCUGUCGCGUUGCCACCACCUUCCAUGGCUCCAUCAGAGUCUAAUAGUAGUACACCAGGUGUAUUGCAAGAAAAGAGAAGUAGGAAAUGUCAUAGCAAUUUUUGUAAACAAGGUCCUGGAGCUGUUGUUGGUGUGGUGACUGCUGGUGCAUUUUUUCUUGCAUUCGCUACAUUGGUACUUAUUUGGUUAUACUCCAAAAGAUUCAAGAGAGUGAAAAAUUCUGAGAUUGUGGCAUCUGAUAUCAUCAAAAUGCCUAAGGAGUUCAGCUACAAAGAGCUUAAAUUGGCCACAAAAGGUUUCAUUCCAACGAGAAUUAUAGGCCGUGGUGCAUUUGGGACUGUUUACAAGGGCAUUUUAUCGGAUACCGGUGGCAUUGUGGCAGUGAAGAGAUGUAGUCAUAAUGGACAAGGGAAAGCAGAGUUCUUAUCUGAAUUAUCUAUAAUUGGAACCCUUAGGCAUAGAAAUCUUGUUAGGCUUCAAGGAUGGUGCCAUGAGAAAGGUGAAAUUUUGUUGGUUUACGAUCUUAUGCCUAAUGGGAGUCUUGAUAAGGUACUAUUUGAAUCAAGAAUGGUUCUUUCAUGGUCACAUAGGCGAAAAAUCUUGAUAGGUGUUGCUUCUGCCUUGGCAUAUUUGCAUCAAGAAUGCGAAAACCAGGUGAUUCAUAGGGACAUUAAGAGUAGUAACAUCAUGUUGGAUGAAGGGUUCAAUGCAAGAUUAGGAGAUUUUGGAUUAGCAAGGCAAGUUGAGCAUGACAAGUCCCCCGAUGCAACGGUAGCAGCCGGGACAAUGGGCUACUUGGCUCCAGAGUACUUGUUAACCGGUAGGGCAACCGAAAAAACUGAUGUUUUCAGCUAUGGAGCAGUGGUUCUUGAAGUGGCUUGUGGAAGGAGGCCAAUUGAGAGGGAAACAACUAAAGUUGAGAAAGUUAGAGUGAAUAGCAACUUGGUUGAAUGGGUAUGGGGGGUGCAUAGAGAAGGAAAUUUACUAAAUGCAGCUGAUUCAAGACUUUGUGGUGAGUUUGAUGAACAAGAAAUGAGAAGGGUUCUAAUGAUUGGGCUAGCUUGUUCACAUCCCGACCCUACGGCUAGACCAACAAUGAGAGGUGUAGUCCAAAUGCUGGAAGGUGAAUCUGAAAUCCCAAUUGUCCCAAGAACUAGACCAUCUAUGAGUUUCAGCACUUCACAUCUUAUAAUGAGUUUGCAAGAUAGUGUUUCUGACUUGAAUGGUUUGAUCACACUUUCCCCUUCAUCAUCCGAAAGUAGCUUCACCGGUGGUCGCAAUGGCAAUGGCAAUGGCAUGGAGUUGGUCUAAAUGCAAGACUAGAAAAGACUUGACUUUUCGACUUAAUGCACCCAUAAGAGACCAACAAUCCCACAUAUGGGGCCACCAUCAAGGCGGAACAGACACAAUGACUACUCUGAUUGGGCGUGGACAAGGAAAAAGUGGCAUCUUUUUGUUUUGUUCAUAAAUUCAUUAAUUUUAUUCAUAAUAUAUAUGUACCAAAUAAGCUUUAAGAUUUAGUAAUGUAAUUUUCUCCUUUUCCUUUCAUAUACUAUAGUCCAU